AUGUCUUCCGAUCCGUUCGUCUCGCCCAACAAGAAGAUGACUCCCUCGCGUAGGGGUCUAGCCGUCAGUCCUUCGGGCCCUCUCGUGAUUCAUCAGCCAGGGCCCUACGACCUCCUACUUCGGGAAAUGGACGAUCUGAGGACCCGUCUCAGGGAGACCGAAGAGGAGCUCGACGUGGCCCUGGCAGAGCUGAAAGAGACCCGUUCCCAGAGAGACCAGGACGCGUCGACCAUCACACGCCUGGGAUUGAGAAAUGCCGAGUUGGAGGACCUCGUCAACCGGCAGAAGAUGACCAUUAGCAACCAGAGCCGGACGAUCUCCGAUCCCAAGUCGCACAGGAGCAGAUGCGUUGCGCUUCCCCUGACGGUAGCCAUGCUACCACCGCCGCCGCAUAAGCUUACCACUCAGCACUCUUUUGAGGCGUCUUUUUCGACCGGUAUGUUUCAUGCUCCCGCUCCUGGGUCUGAUCUUCCGCCGCCUGUGCGUACCGCACCACUGUCGUCGAGUAACCAACACCAACCACUUAUGUCACCUCCGAUCGCCAGUCUGCCUAUGCGCGCUCACACGUGCCGAUUUAGCCCUCACGACGGUCGAGCCGCGAUUCGCGACCUUUUCAGUCGCCCUUCUGCCUUAGCUCCAAAAGUGAUCCGGGUCCAAAGCUUCAAUUUCGAGCAGAAGGCGACCGAGUUUGGCGCGCGAUUCCAGGAACUCUGGAACAAGUCAGAAGCCUUUGGCCGUACCUAUGCGGGAGAACCCAGCGCGUGGAAUGAUAUCCACCUUGACCAGCGUGUCAAGGACUAUAUCUUGUCGACCUCGGACAGCAAGGUCGCAUGGCACUUGCUGAACAAUCCCGUGACGCGCCCGCUUCAGAUUGCCAAGGCGAUCAAUUCCUAUAUCGUCCACGAGAUUCUGAAAAUCACCGUGAUCAAGGGCUUUGACUUCACGGCUGAUCAUGAGAUUAACCAGAUCAGGAAGCACCUGUUCCCUGACACCGCCACAACGCUUCGCAACAUGAUGAUCACUGCGAUGUCUCAGCAGGUGAAGCUCGUUAAAGAGAAGGCAGGAUUCCAGGAGUUUUACAAGCGGCGCCAGCAGGACCAUCUUCUCAAGCUGUGGCAGUUCAUCGCACCGCUCAUCUCGGGCAACAUGACGCAAGCGGGCGAAGCGCUGGGAGAGAUCAUCGCAGGCGCCCACGUUCUCUCGCUGGACCUGCACUCGACUCCGUUCGAGACACGCCUUCGCAUCCCGGAAACCAACGAGGUGUUUGAUCCGGUGACGAUGACCAAUAUUGACCCUUGGUUGGCGCUCAACGGCAACGGCAAUGGCAACGGCAACGGCAUCAACCAUGGCGGUCCCAAUGGCAUCAGGCACGGCUCGCUUCGAGGCACCAGGAUCCUUAGCCACACAGUCAAGCUAGGCAUCACGCCCGUCACCCGGAUCGCCGAUCAUUCCAACGCGAUGCCGUCUGCAUCUUCUGCAGUUCUUGUUCCGCGGGUUCGACUCGUUCACCUGGGCAAGGUCCUGUUGCGGCUUCCCGGUAAUAACAAUAGCAACAAUGACAUCAAUAACAGUAAUGAAAUCAGACUAAUGCGGACUGCGUCUGCGGCUGCGUAUAUUCAAAUCAGUAAUGGUGGUGUUGACGGUGAUCGCGAGACGUCUGGACCAGAGCCCGGACUGCCCGCCCUCCCGUGCUCUCCGCUCCGUCGCGGCCACUUCGACAAUCACCGGAAGGAGCCGGGGAAGAACGAGAAAUGA